ACCACAGUAUAUACACUGCACCAAAUUGAGGGGGGGAGCGCCAUUGUUUCCAGCUGCAGGUCUUGUCUCCAGGUACAGGUACGCAUGGCUGGAUUUCGUGCGAGGUCUGGCUGCUUCCUCGUUGGCGUUGCCUCGCUAGAGAAAAGGAAGGAGAAAGGGGAAUGGCCUGGCCCUGAUUUCCCGAUUCCCUCCGCUGGCCCUGAUUUCUCUCUUCACCUCCCUCUCUAUCGGACAACUGUAGGAUCUCUGAACCCUAAUCCGUUGAAAUGCGUGGAGACGGCUGGUGCUGUUGUUGUGGUGAGAGACUGAGAGAGAGCUGUGAGAGAUCCAGGGAUGAAAGAGAGGCUUACGCUGGGAUUGGGAGUUCUACCGGUUAACUAUUCUUUUUUUUACUAGAGAAGAAAGGGGUGCUAAUUACUGUAGUUUGAGCUGCAGUCAAUACUGAAUGUUUCUACUGUUGCUAUCCGGUGCAGAUGAUGGCUUCGUGUGGUGGUUGGUGGCGCGGUGAAGAGUGAAGUAGUUUCUUCCUCUGUUUACUAGAAGAAGAUUAACAUGGGUCAUGGAGGUGUGGCCCCAAAGUUUAUGCCGUUCCAUCUAUUGGAAGAAAUGACAGAUCGUUUCUCUGAACACCGCAGCUUAGGUAGCGGCUCUUAUGGAAAAGUUUACAUGGGAGUGGAGAAGAAUGGGAAGAAGAUUGCUGUCAAGAUGCUCCAUGACACGAUAGAGGUUAACGAUGAUCAAUUUGACACCGAGUGUCUCAACCUUGCAUGUCUCCAGCACAACAAUAUUGUGCAGUUGGUUGGCUAUUGUCAUGAUACUAAGCGAGAAUACGUAUGGCACGACGGAAAACUUGUUCCUGCUCACGGGACAAAGAGGGCACUUUGCUUGGAGUACGUGAAUAACGGAACCCUUGAAAAAUUUCUUUCUGAUGAAUCGAAGGUACAUGAUUGGUGCACACGUUUUUCAAUAAUCAAGGGAAUCUGCAAUGGUUUAAAAUACCUUCACAAGGAUCUGGAAUCUCCAAUGUAUCACUUGGAUUUAAAACUAGCCAAUAUAUUGCUGAAUGAGGAUAUGGUACCGAAAAUCGCAGAUUUCGGCUUGUCGCGGCUCUUUGAAGGUCAAAAGACACAAAGGACAAAGAGUAUUAUAGGAACACGAGGAUACCUACCGCCAGAAUAUCGUAAUGGGGAAAUAAUCUCAAAUAAGUUUGAUAUAUACAGCUUAGGUGUUGUAAUCAUAAAGAUAAUGACAGGACCUCGGGGCUACUUUAGUAGUGCUGAGAUACCUUCCUGGGAAUUCAUUAAGAAUGUGCACGAAGAAUGGAGGAAAAGGCUACAGGUGACAUCCGAGUAUCUGCUAGAGUCGUAUUCUAAACAAGUCAAGAGGUGCAUUGAGAUAGCUGUAAGUUGCUUGGAGACUGAUCGAAACAAAAGGCCAAGUAUAUGGGACAUCGUCCAUGAGCUGAAUAAGACAUAUACUAUGCUUCAAUUUGGUAGUGGAUUAACAAAUGACCAAGGGUUAUCGUUUUCAUCAAUAGACCAGAGCCCUCGGUUGAAGAUGACAACCAGCAGCGCCAACUGCAUGAUGCUCACAUCAAGAUCACUACGGAUUGCCAACAACCUGCCCCAGUACUGGAGAUGGAUUUCUCUGCCAGCGGAUCCCAGAUUUGCAGAAUGCGUGGAGCUCCUGAGUGUGUACUUUUUCGCCGUGAUCGGCGAGAUCCCGCCGAGGGACCUCUCCGCUGGCACAAGCUACAUAGUUUACCUCGUGUACAAGCUGGCGAACAGCACGUCCGGCCUGAAAGGCUGCGUGCAGACGUCGUCGCUCAGGCUUCACGGGGAGAGGAUCGUCCCCGGCAGCACACGCGGGGUUAGCCUCCACCCUGAAGUGCGCGGGUCAGCCAGUGACGUUACCUACCCCGUGACAAGGGGUGACGGCUGGUUGGAGCUAAGGCUGGCCGAGUUUGAAAAUGAUGACGAUAUGCUCGCGGAGAGGGGGGUGAUAGUAGAUCUCCGCGAGGAGAACGACGGCGUCCAGAAGAGAGGCCUCAUCAUUGGGGGCAUGGAAUUCAGGAGCAACUAGUGUGGUCAUAAUACAGUACUUGUGUAAUUCAUUCCAUUAUUUCAAUGGAUAUGUUUGUUUCUCGAAAAAGGAGGUUAAUAAAUAUGUUUGUAAUACAAUGAUUGUUGCAUACGUGAGCAAAUUGUUCUAGUGAUUCAGUCCGGAAAUAAAGAG